CCCUGCUUGAGGUGACUGCUGGAGCCGAGGCCGGAGACCCCCCAGCACCCGCGCGGAGGGACCCGCCGCGACUCUGUCGCCGGAGAGGGAGGGCACGCUGCGGUCGGAGAGAGCCCCUGGACUCCCAGGCUCCUGGACAGGGAAGAAGAGGAAAAGAAACCUAUUUGCUGAACGCUGAGCGUGGGUGACCUGAGGGCUAGCCUGUUGGUUCCAGGAUGUCGCUGCCCAAGUCCAGUGAUCAGGARGGCAAGAGUGUGAAGGCUGACCAGGAGCCGUCCCCGGAGGCGAGCACGGAUGUCAUUCCGGCAGCCCCCAGGAAACCCAGGAAAUUCUCCAAACUGGUCCUGUUGACAGCCUCCAAAGACAGCGCCAAAGUGGCUGGGGCCAAGCGCAAAGGAGUACACUGCAUCAUGUCCCUGGGGGUACCAGGCCCUGCCACCCUGGCCAAAGCCCUCCUUAAGACCCAUCCAGAGGCUCAGCGGGCCAUUGAGGCAGCCCCUCAGGAGCCUGAGCAAAAACGCAGCAAGCUGGACCCUGACACAGGCAGCAAAGAAGACAGCGGAUUUGCAGCCAUGGAUCCCGUUGGGCAUGGGGAGCCAGCUGCCGCCUGCCCUGCUACACCCAGUGCGUCCUUGUAACCUUGGCAACGUGGCUACAGCUGCUGCGUCUUCUCUGCUAAGGAUGGGUGGUUCUGCUAGUCCACAAGAUUUCCCAGGCCAGGUCGUCGGGGGAUUUUCACUUUCAACAUUGUGUAAUUUUUAAAAAAUUUUACAUCAAGCCUAAGUUACUUUUGUAAGGAGAAAAAAAAAAUCAAAAGGAGAAUUUAAAAGCUGUAUACUAUUACCCAUCAUGGACAGGUUUUAAACGUGCCAGGAUUCGAGUCCUUGUAGACUAGCUCCAACUCCACCACCCUUGGGCCCGCUCUCCCCCAUCAGCCUUCACCUGGCCCUGCCCCAUAGGUGCCUGGCCUGGGCCAUCAGUCCAGGGACUCUACUGGGGUUUCCAACCCCCAGACCUCACCUYGUUUGCCUCCUCAGGCUGGAAAACCAGCCACUGACCAUAACCAGGUAGAGCCCCUGAGGUUUCCCCUUCCUGCUGCCUUGUUCUGAAGGGGUCAAUGGGAGCUCUGCCCCGUGUCUGAUAUCACCAGACCCUGGAUGCUGCCUGACCCUUCCCCCAGGGAACCUCAGACUUCUGCCUGCUGGGUCUGCACAGGAUACGCCUCAGUCACUGCCCUUCCUCAGGAAGCCUCCCAGAUGUGGCUCCCAGGCACUGAGCCCACCCUUCCAGGCCUGUACUGAGGAAGGGAUUAGCUUGCAGCUCCUGGGGUCUGGAAAGGAUCCUGACAAAAGUGCAAAGUGUCCUCCUAUGAUCUUUUCAGGUGAUUGGGGGCUGAGGAGACUUCCUGGAACCUGAGCCCCUCCCCAAACUCAUGGGGGCUGCCCUGCUGGACGGGAGAUGAAGGAAACACAGUUACCCUCCUCAAGGAAAUAAUCAGACACAGAGCAGACCUCCCACUGUCCCCUUCAGAGGCUCCUAGAGUACAGUGAACAAUAUCUACCCCUGAGUUAGAGGCUCCUAGAGUCCCCAGGGCCAAAGCUUCAGCCUCCAGACCCUUCACCUCGUGGUCCUUAUUUGAAAAUUGCCUCUAGGCACAAGGAAUAAUUUUAAAAAUGCAGGUUGUAGCAGCCUUGUGUUUGUAAACAUUUAUUCAAAAUUAACUAGCAUUCUAGGUGUAGUGAUGAAGGCCUGUAAUCCCAGUGACUUGGUAGGCAGGAGGAUCACAAGUUUAAGGCCAACCUCAGCCAAUUUAGCAAGACUCUGUCUCGAACUAAAAUCAAAAGGACUGAAGAUGAGCUGAGCCUGAUGGUACACUCCUAUAAUCCUUAUGACCUGGGAGGCUGAGGCAGGAGGAUCACAAAUUCAAGGCCAGUCUCAGC